AACGAAGUAUAGUCUGGCAAGAUACGUGGUUCGCGCGGCCGAAAGAGGAUACAAAGGGGCCGGGCGGGUCGUUCAUAGUGGAGAAAUCGGGGGAUCAUGAUGUCCCCCAUAAUCGGGGAAACGCUGCGCGUAUGGUUUUUUUCGGCGCUGGUCGUUCACGGAGCCGUUGCCGGGAAUCCGGACGCGAAACGCCUCUACGAUGAUCUGCUGUCCAACUACAACAAACUCGUGCGCCCCGUGGUGAACACCUCGGACGUGCUGCGCGUAUGCAUCAAGCUUAAGCUCUCGCAACUUAUUGAUGUGAAUUUGAAGAAUCAGAUUAUGACGACGAACCUGUGGGUCGAACAGUCAUGGUACGACUACAAACUGCGAUGGGAGCCGAAGGAGUACGGUGGAGUUCACAUGUUGCACGUGCCGUCCGAUCACAUAUGGCGGCCUGACAUAGUGCUCUACAACAACGCCGACGGGAACUACGAGGUGACGCUGAUGACCAAGGCCACGGUCUACUAUUCGGGAUUGGUCGUGUGGCAACCGCCGGCCGUAUAUAAAUCCUCCUGCUCCAUCGACGUUGAGUUCUUUCCAUACGACGUACAGACCUGUGUUUUGAAGUUAGGCUCCUGGACCUAUGACGGCUUUAAGGUCGAUCUAAGACACAUGGACGAAAAAUCGGGGAGCAACGUGGUGGAUGUGGGAGUUGACCUGUCCGAAUUCUACAUGUCGGUAGAAUGGGACAUUUUAGAAGUUCCUGCAGUUCGGAACGAGAAGUUUUACACUUGCUGUGACGAGCCCUACUUGGACAUCACGUUCAACAUCACGAUGAGGAGGAAAACCCUCUUUUACACAGUGAACAUUAUCAUCCCCUGUAUGGGGAUAUCGUUUCUCACGGUUCUCACGUUUUACUUGCCUAGCGAUAGCGGUGAAAAGGUAACGCUUUCCAUCUCGAUUCUCAUUAGUCUGCACGUGUUCUUUCUACUGGUCGUUGAGAUCAUCCCACCGACUUCGCUGGUUGUGCCGCUGCUUGGAAAGUACCUGAUAUUUGCCAUGAUACUCGUCUCGAUAAGUAUAUGCGUUACCGUCGUUGUUCUCAACGUUCACUUCCGUUCACCACAAACGCAUAAAAUGGCACCUUGGGUGAAAAGAGUUUUCAUACACAUUCUUCCACGAUUACUAGUCAUGAGGAGGCCUCAAUAUAAAUUUGAAACUAGCAGGUACACUUCCGGUAGAGUGCUAAUGAGGACCGUCAGAGGAAAGGAGCAGACUUGCUAUUACCCUUACCACCCGACUCAGGAAGAUAGUGAAGAACAUCUCACACCCAAGAGAUUCCAUAGCCGUCCUCCGUCAAAGGAAGAUCUUUCGCCUUCCAGCCUUACAGACGGUGCGAGAUUUGGAGGCAGCUGCUUGAUUCAUGGCCCUCCGUUACCACCGUUACGACCAUUACACACCGAGUGCGAAGAUCUCUCGGUCUCCGGAGACGCAGCCAAAGAGGAAGUCAAGAAUACCGCACUGCGCAGCCCACCCACCUUCUCGCAUUCCCGUUGUCCACCUGAAGUCCACAGGUCCUGCAUCUGCGUGCGCUUCAUUGCAGAGCAUACCAAAAUGUUAGAAGAUUCGACUAAGGUAAAAGAGGAUUGGAAGUAUGUGGCGAUGGUGCUAGAUCGCUUGUUCCUCUGGAUCUUUACUCUGGCAGUUUUGGUGGGUACUGCAGGCAUCAUUCUACAAGCACCAACUCUUUAUGACGAUCGAGUACCCAUCGACAAGAAAUUUAGCGAAUUCGCUACCACAACGGUGGUGAAGUGUCCGCCCCAGUAGUCCAUGCCUGAGCCCUGCACCGUAGAGAAAGACUAAGGACCAAAAGCCCGGACCUAGUCUUAGGAGUAUUCGCAAGCUCAUCUCCUUAUCCUUAAUGACGAAAUUACGGCAAAAGGGCUCCAAUUUUGCAAAGAGUGACCGAAAGUAUAUGAUCGACGAUUUCAAAGACGAUGUGUGGGUUAAGCUCCUUUGAGAGAAGGAUAAAAACCAGAAAAAUGAAACAUAUUGUCGUUUGUCUGGAGAGAAAAUAUCGAUAGAAGGGUGAGAAUCGUCUCGAAAAAGAAGACGAUGUAUGUCGUUACAAAAUCCUGAAACGAGAGAACUCGAGGUCGUCGCUUGAAUAAAUUGCACUCGGUAUCUCCUAAACAGGACACAUCGCUCGCGUGAUGGGCGCGAGAUUCGCAAGGAGAUUUACGUACACCUACAUAGUCUGCUCAAGUAAAUUGUAAUACGAAGCUGCCACUAUUUAAUCGGGUAACACAUCAGGCUGACGGACGUUACGGUGUAACACUGUAUAGUAUAAUUUUAAUGUCCCAGAAACGGGGACUGAACGCGACGAUCGAGCUUCCGAUCUCCGCCUGUCGUUCGUAAACGCACGCGAACGGGCAUUAAAUUAUCGUUCGAAUAAAAUUCGGAAUAAUAAAUCUCGACAUGAAUUAAAGCUAACGCGAAGUUAAUUAAUGUCAUACGUUCAGUCUACGUUGUAGAUUUAUAAUCUAGAACGAGGCAGCCAAUACAAAGAUAGCUUUGAUUGUUGAUGACGUCGCGGUUGUAUUGCUGCAGCAUCUUGCACGGUUUACAAUGAAGACUCAACGCCGUAACAAGCGUACAAAGAUUUUUCUUUUUUGAAUGAUUUUUAUAUUAAACACGAUAUAUCAAUAACUCCAUAGCUUGUCGCUGCGUGUGCAAUUUACUGAAGCUUGAAGCUUGCAAGCUUCUGCAUUACAAUAAAAUGCGAGUAAGAAGCUGCAGUACAUCAUCGCAACACAAUUGACAGCAAUCCAUACGCAAACAAUACUUCGCUCGAACGACGAAGUCGUGUUUCGCGAGCGUUUUGUCCUUUACAACGCGGGCCGGGAGUCGCUCGCACUUACGCGAAUUAAUUAGGUAAUCGGCGCGUAGCUAGCUCGUCGUACGCAGACCUUAGGGUGUAAUCUUACUCGAAGUGUAUAACCAGUUGAUAAUUUUAGGAACAUAACCGUUUAUACGAGCAUAUAUAUACAUACAUAUACCUAUUUAAGAGCGACGGACGAGCCGAUGGCGCGUCGGUAGCGCGAAAUACUAUUCAACAAUGUACUAUCCUGAACAUUUAAUCAACUUCCUUUCUUUUUGCUAAUCUCUUUCUAUUAUUAAUGACUAUAUUUCUAUAAUUAUAAUCUUUCUGCAACUUUGCAUCUAUUCUUAAUUCUCUCAUUCAACGCUUCUUGAUCCCUUUCCCUUCUCCAAUAAGCGAUGUAAAUAUCUUUAUUCGUACGCGAAAUUAUUUCUUGUUCUCUUGGCUGUUCUCUUCGUAAAGAAGAGACUGCAUAUCUUGCGUCGCCGACGCAUCUCGCGUUACCUCGUCUCAAUAAGAAUAUAUUUGUAUUUUGUAACGAAAAAUGAAACACGUGAGAAUACGAUAAAGAAUAACCGAUAGUACGGUAAGAACAAGUAAAGCAUACGAAUUCUAAAGCUGAUAGUUGUAGGGAAUUGAACAACCAUUGACGCCGUUGUUCAAUACCGUAGUUUGUGGUUGUUGUCACUGUGAGUCGUCAUUCAUUAUUUUCGCCCUUUUUUAUUUCCUUUUAUAGACAAAGCGUCACGUACGAUAUUUGUCAUUGUGGUUAAACGAUCGUCUGUCGCGAAUCGUAUAUGUAAGCAUAAAGAUGGUCGUAAUUGAGUCGUGAAACGUGAGUCGCAAUCGUAGGUCAACGCACAAUGUUUUGAUCAACCUACAACUACUCACGUUUCACGAUUCAGUUACGGUCAUCUUUGUGCUGAGGCCCUUAUUCGCGAGAAAUGUUAAUCAACGUCGGAGAAUUUUGGAUUCUUUUCCUGUUUAAUCUGUUGAUUUUUCGCGUAUUUCGGAAAAUUUAGAAAUGAAUGACUUUUUCUAUAAUAAUUCAAUUCGAAUAUAAUUCAUUACAAAGUUGAUGAGGACAUUGAGCAACGUACUAUUAAUUUGUACAGAACAAGUUAGAACUUUUAUUAACUUAAAUUUUGAAAACA